CUGGAAAAUAAAUAUUUUCAAUAUUUGUGUUUGCUCUGGGAGAGCGUCAGUGUGUCACGUGACCCAGGGAAGGCGAGUCUCGAGACCGUAAACAACAUGGCGCGUCACGAACCUAGAGAGUCUUAAAACCUACUCAGGGAAACAGAAGCGUUUAGCAUACUGAACUCACACGUUUACGAGCUUCAAUUUUGAUAACACUGUUUGGUGGUUAUUUACCGAGGUCUGCAGGAAGAAACCAACGGAGCAGAAGAGCUGCCAAAGCGCUGUUACCAUUUAUCUGCAGACAAUCAGUCUAUGGGCUCUCAGUCCAGUUCUGGGAUGUCCGGUCGGGGCUCUGGCAGCAACCCAGACCAGUCCGAACCAGAACCCAACCAGAAUUCCAAUCAGACGGGUCACACACAGGCCGAGAGGCAGUCAGGAUCUGAAGAGAACGUUGACUUAGCACAAGUUCUGGCGUACCUACUGCGGAGGGGCCAGGUCCGCCUGGUCCAUGGAAGUGGAGCGACGGGCCUACAGCUCGUGCAGUCAUAUUCAGACUCAGAUGAGGACAGCGAUGGGGCCUGGGAUGGGCGGCUAGGACAUCGAUAUGACCCUCCAGUGGAUGCCCAACCAGACACACAGGAAGUUGACUGCAGUGAGAUCCACACACAGAUCCUGCUUGUCACUGCAUCCUCAGGCUUAAAGGGCAGACACAGUUUCACACAAAUGCUGGCAGAGCGGGAACAGGGACGGUGUCGUGGGUCAAGUUUCUCUCAUGGAGAGUGCAGCCGAAUCCGUUCACAUUUUCUGCCUAAUCAUGUGGUAUACAAGGACACUUACCAGCAGAAAGUCUUUUGUGGAGUCUACAGUGAUGAGGGAAACAUGUUCCUGUCUGCAUGCCAAGAUCAGAAUAUCAGGUUAUAUGACACUAGUAGGGGCCGUUUUACUCUAAAGAAGACAGUGAAGGCCAGAGACGUGGGCUGGAGCAUUCUGGAUGUGUGUUUCACCCCUGAUGCACGUUGUGUGCUGUACUCCAGUUGGUCUGACUACAUCCAUGUGUGCAGUGUAGAUGGGGACAAUGAAACACACACCGCUCUGGACCUCAAUCCUGAUGAAAGGAGGUUCUGUGUUUUCUCUCUAGCAGCAUCCACAGAUGGAAAAGAAAUUUUAGGCGGUGCAAACGAUGGCUGCCUGUAUGUGUUUGAUCGUGAACAAAACAAGAGAACACUAAAGAUCGACGCUCAUGAGGAUGAUGUGAAUGCCGUAGCGUUUGCAGACAGUUCAUCACAGCUGCUGUUCUCAGGCAGUGAUGAUGCUCUGUGUAAGGUAUGGGACAGACGUACCCUCAGAGAAGACAGACCACAGCCUGUGGGUCAUCUGGCCGGACACAGAGAUGGAAUCACCUUCAUACACAGCAAGGGCGACGCUCGGUACUUGAUCAGCAACUCCAAAGAUCAGACCAUUAAGUUGUGGGACGUGAGGAAGUUUUCACCUAAAGAGGGGCUCGCAGCCUCACGGCUCGCUGUCACACAACAAAACUGGGACUACCGUUGGCAGCAGGUUCCCCAGAGAGCACUAAAGAGGCAUAGGCUGACUGGUGACACCUCUGUGAUGACCUACAGGGGUCACGGGGUUCUGCACACGCUCAUUCGCUGCCGCUUUUCCCCUGAAUUCAGCACUGGACAGAAGUUCAUUUACACAGGCUGUUCAACAGGCAAAAUCGUCAUCUACGAUGUGUUGACGGGAAGCAUUGUGUCCAAAUUGUCCAAUCAUGACGCAUGUGUGAGGGAUGUCAGCUGGCACCCGUAUCACAACAACAUGGUCAGCAGCUCUUGGGAUGGUGCCAUACGUCGGUGGGAACACACGCAGAACCACCCUCUGGACAACGACCGAGAGAGGAUGAACGUGGAUAUGCUGGAGACGAAAACCAAACGUUAUUGAUGAUGUCAGAGGUAGAUGGUGCCAUCGUAGCAGGAAUGGGAUGGAGGAGGAAUAAAGAGAAACUGA